AUGGCUUCAAUAACCUCAGCCACCGUCGCAAUCCCAUCUUUCACCGGUCUCAAAUCGGCGACCACCAAACCCUCCGCCGCAGUCAGAAUCCACACCGCGGCGGUUACACCGAAGCUUACCGUGAAGUCAUCUCUAAAAGACUUCGGAGUGGCGGCAGUAGCGGCUGCAGCAUCAUUUGCUUUGGUCGGAAACGCCAUGGCAAUAGAUGUUCUGUUGGGAUCAGGAGAUGGUGCUUUGGCUUUUGUCCCCAACGAAUUCACUGUUGCUAAAGGAGAGAAGAUCGUGUUCAAGAACAAUGCUGGAUUCCCACACAAUGUUGUGUUCGAUGAAGACGAGAUCCCAAGUGGUGUUGAUGCAAGCAAGAUCUCGAUGGACGAGCAAGCUCUACUCAACGCUGCGGGAGAGACGUACGAGGUUGCUUUGACUGAGCCAGGGACUUACAGUUUCUACUGUGCGCCGCAUCAGGGUGCUGGUAUGGUCGGUAAAGUCACCGUUAACUAG